UCUCUCUCCCUCUCUCUCUCUCUCUCGCGCUUCGCCAUGGCCUCAUCACGAGAAGGUUUCGCCGGCGAUCGGUGGGCGGAGAUCGCGUCCGGAGGAGGCGCCCCACCCCACGCGCGAGUCGGCGUUGUGUACGGGCGACGAAGAGCCGGAGACGCGAACCCUCGAGACAUAGAGAUAAGCGGAUCCCGUGGAGAGAAUCGAGUGAGCUUUGCGCCGAGCAAGAGGACCAGUUGGAAUCGAUCCCUUUCCAUCAGAGGAAGGGAAAGCAUUCUACUUGCCGCUGGAGAGAAUUUUCAGCAUCAGCCUAAACCAAGAGGUGCAUCUAAGAAACCACCAAGGCAGGGACCACGUGGGAAGAAACCUGCGCCAGGGCCCCCGGAUUUUAGAAAGGAGAAGGCUUAUUUUCAAGAAGUCGACGCCUUUGAGCUCUUAGAAGAGAGUCCCUCUCCCAAAAACUUUGGCACAUGGGCGAUGGGUGCAAAGCAAGAUUAUGUAGUCCAUGACUUGCCUGCCAUUUUGGAGAGGUGGAAGCUCUCGAAGCUUGCUUAUAAAUGUGGGUCUUCCCAUCCGCUUUUUAAGAUCGCAGAGUCACCAAUAGUUCCCUCUCUAAAGAGUAGUACUUGCAAUGGUUCUACUAAUUUUGUUGACAAAACUCCAGAACGGGUCACAAAAUCAAGGAUUUACUCUAAUAUUACUUAUAAGAGGAGCAUUACUUCGAUAUCCACUGAUAAUAGCUUGAGUGGCCUUGCUAAUCAUAAAAGUAUUGUUGAUUCUUUUGAUACGCUGAAUAUAAAGAGUGAGGUUGCUGAGAGUGGUGGUAGUGAAGGUUUGGAGGUAUUGGGAAAAGCUGUUGAAGGUGACGAGUUAGAAGGAGCAAUCAAGAAGGAUCAUGUAGUUCCUUACUUGCCAUCAUUUGGUGAUGAAUGUUUGAGUGCAUUUGCGCAACUUCUAAUGGUUUGUCAGCAAUCUUCUGCAGUUAGCUUGGCUGAAGUCUUUUCAACAUAUUGUGAACCAAGUAGCAUUGUCAAGAUUGGUGAAGGUACAUAUGGAGAGGCCUUUAGAGCUGGUGAAACUGUAUGUAAAGUAGUUCCAAUUGAUGGGGAUUCACUAGUGAAUGGAGAAGUACAGAAGAAAUCUGAAGAAGUGCUUGAAGAAGUCUUGCUUUCGCUGACUCUGAAUAACUUAAGGAAUGAAAAUGGGAAAACUAACUGUAGGAACUCAUGCAAAGGCUUCAUAGAAACAAAAGACUUUCGAGUUUGCAAAGGUUCCUAUGAUGCCGGAUUGAUUGGUGCAUGGGAAGAUUGGGAUGCAAAGCAUGGUUCAGAAAAUGAUCAUCCCAAGGAAUUUUCAGAGGAACAGUGCUACAUUGUGUUUGUUCUAGCUGAUGGGGGUAGAGAUCUUGAAAGUUUCGUACUCUCAGACUACAAUGAGGCAAAAAGUUUAUUGGUUCAGGUUUCUGUUUCUUUAGCAGUGGCAGAAAGCGCAUGUGAAUUUGAGCAUCGAGAUUUGCAUUGGGGAAACAUUCUUUUGGCUCGUAAUGAGAUGGAUACAAUGAACUUCACUAUCGAAGGAAAGAGAAUGAGUGCUAGGACCUUUGGUUUGACCAUUGCAAUAAUUGAUUUCACCCUUUCUCGGAUCAACACUGGAGAAGCCAUACUGUUUCUUGACCUAUCUGCUGAUCCUGGCUUGUUUGAGGGGCCAAAAGGAGAUAAACAGUCGGAAACGUAUCGAAAAAUGAAAGAAAUAACUGAAGACUACUGGGAAGGAAGUUUUCGGAAGACGAACGUCCUUUGGUUAAUUUAUCUAGUUGAUAUCUUGUUGUUGAAGAAAUCCUUUAAACGAACAGCAAAGGACGAAAGGGAUCUUCGAUCAUUCAAAAAGCGCUUGAGCUCAUACGAGUCCGCUAAAGAUUGCCUGUCGGAUUCCUUCUUUAGUGAUCUACUAUUCACAUGAGGGGGAUGCGUCUUGCAAAUCCAAAGGAUGUAUAAUUCCCAGUCCUUUUGCCAUAACAGGGAGUAUAGCUUCAUAGGUACGCCUAAUUGAGAAGUACCAUGCAAAUUUCAUCGUGUGGUUUCGCGAAUAUUGUAUUUACAACACCUUAUCUACAUGCUAUAAGAUGGGCUUUUUCUUAACCAGUAUCUAGCAAAACCAGUGCUUACAUAUGUGGCCAUUGUGCAUAAAUUAUACCAAGAAACCUCAGUUUUGAUAUUGUAAGUUGCUCAUACAUUUAGGGAGUAUGAGUUUAGCAGCUCUGAGGAUCAAAUUUAACCCCCAGUUGUGACUCUUGAUGCUUCUGAGUUUCUU